AUGGCUGGUAUGGGUAUACCACCGGGCGCCGAGAACUGGAAUACGCCCCAGGACUACACCAGCAUGAAUGGUCAAAAUGGCAUGGUCGAUCCGAACCAAGCGAGUAUGGGCUACCUUCGGGGAUUUCCCGCGAUGCAGAAGAAGACCACCAGAGACGGGCAGCCAGCGAAACGCAGAGGUCCGAAACCCGACAGCAAACCAGCACAGACUCGCCGGCAGGAGCUCAAUCGCCAAGCACAGAGAACACACCGAGAACGCAAAGAGCAAUACAUCAAAGCGCUGGAGUUAGAGCUUUCGCGCCUACGUGAAGUCUACAUGGCCGAGUCUGCCACCACUGCGAGUCAAAUCGAGCAGCGAGACAUGGUGAUUCAGGACCAAAGAAGGGAGAACGAAGCGCUUCGACAAAUUCUUGCCGCCAAUGGUAUCAGCUUCGACAACGAGCUCGAGAAUCGGAAAAUCGCCAUGGGAAUGCCGAUCAAACGGGACAUCAGCAACAGUCUAUCACCUAUCCCCAUGUCAGUGAAACCACAUCCGUAUUCGAACGUGGUCACUGCGCCCUCUUCAACUGUUGGGUACUCGCCCUUGAGGGACGGAUCCGCGUAUACCAACGGUGGAUCUCUGAGUGUCGGCCAUUCACCAGGCACAACUCAGCACAGUAACUCGCCCAACGGUCCAGAGGUCAACGAGUAUUCUCCGAUGCCUCACAUCAAGCAAGAGAAUCAAGGUGUACCGGCGCAGCUAUGGGCUAGAACGUACAUGCCGAGAUCACGACGAAUACUUGGAGGUCUUGAGCCAACGUACGAGCAUAAGGUCCCCGACUACAAAGAUAUCCAGACACUCAACAACCUUCUCAACCUCAGUCAGGUCAUCCGAGACACCCACCAGAUCGAUGGUGGUCAAGUCACACCAGUGAUGGCGCUUCAGUGCCUGCGGGGGCAUCGAAACUACGGCACACUCACUAAGACCGACGUGCUCCGUAUGAUUGAUUCGAUCAAGGGCAACGUGCGGUGUUAUGGAUUCGGUGCAGUGAUGGAAGAUUUUGAGCUGCGGGAUGCACUAUCGAGUAUUUUCGCUGAGAAACCAGAGACUUACGAGGGUUUUGACGACGAUGGGUAUGAUGUUGAUGAUAUCAAUGAUAUGUACGCGUGA